CAAUUUCAUUAGAAAUCAUCACUUUCAUUCAUUGGAAUCAACGAUUCGAUUGAGAAAAGUUUUUCUUUCGUUCAUUGUUUUCUUCAAUUCAAUUCGUUCUUUAUGUUAAUAUUUCACAACAAAAGUUAAUCCAAAUCCAUUUUUCUGCAUCAACUUUAAUCAUUUCUCUCUAAUGAUUCACAAAUCAUGUUAAUCAAUUCAAAUGGUUAUCUUAUAAUCUGCACGAUAAUAAACCUGAUUAACUUAAUCUCACCAGAGGAAAUCAUCUCUUCAGUUUCAGAGGAUUGGUCAUUCGAUCAGUUGAUCCCUAAGAAUUACAAACGCAUGAGACCCCCGAAAAUCAAUGGUGAACCCGCUAAAGUUAAUCUCACAUUGGUGCUAAAGCAGCUGAUCGCUGCCAAUGAAGCCGAACAGGUAAACAUUGAAUAUGAUUUCAUCAAGUCGAUUACGAUGGAUUUAUUUUUCUAUCAACGUUGGAUUGAUCAACGAAUUAAACUUCCAAACGAUUUUGAUUCAAUUACAUUGGACUCAUCAUGGAAAAACAAAUUGUGGAUUCCGAAUCUUCAUUUUGUUAAUUCACUUUCAAAUACACCCGUUGAUUUGAUUACUAAUCCUUUAUUCAUUGAACUAUCAAACGGCAGCCAUUUUUCAAUGGCCACUCGAGUUAUCGUCAAGUUAACAUGUCACAUGGAUCUAUUUAAUUUCCCUCAGGAUACACAAAUUUGCAAUGUCGAUUUAGCUUGUGUUGAUUGGUCCAAUCGAAGUGUCAACUUUUUCCUCAAUAAAUUUACCAUGGACGACAUGGAUGAUUUUCCAAAGUUCGAGAUUACUGAUCAUUUCAUUGAGAAAUGUUCAUUUUAUCGAGGACCUGAAUUCCCAUGUUUACGAGUUCGACUUGAACUUUUCAGGCGAAUCUCUUAUUAUAUAUUACGAAUCUAUGGGCCAAGUUUCCUCUUGACCUUAACUUCGUUCGUUGGAUUUUGGAUUCCAGCGGUCGGAUAUCCUGCUAGGGUCGCAAUCAGUGUAACUCCACUUUUGGCCUUGGUCACUCAGCAAAUGCAAAUAAACGCGGAGAUCAAUGUAUCUUACGUCGUCGCUCUUCACAUUUGGAUGAUGAUACAAAUAUUUUUCGUCUUCAUGUCACUAAUCGAAUACGUUUUCGCGAUUGUCUAUGUCCACUUGGUGGAAGAAAAAAAGGAGUUUUCUUCAUCUGUCAAUCAGUACCUUCGAUCAGCCACUUAUCGUCUUCAAUGUACUUCCGAUUCGAAUAAGAUGAGCCACGCAAUUAAACUUGUUCUCAAUAAAGUCUAUGGUAACGUGGAUUGGAAUAAGAAUCCAUUGGAUCGUAAUAAAGUCGAUUACGCGGCUCGAAUCAUCUUCCCAUUUGCAUACGUACUUUUCCUCAUUGUCUAUGGAUCAGUAUUCGUGUUUCCUUGGAUGUUUUCAAAGUAUCUGUGAUCAUUUGUCUUCUUCUCUGUUCAUAAACAAUCGUCAUCAUCAUUGUCAUUCCAAUGGAACUCAACCAAUAGCAACAAUUCAAUUCAUGUUCCCCAUGCAAGUUCACAGAUUCAUUACUUUCAUUGUAAAAUUUUUCUUUCUUAUUCUCACGUUUAGUUAAACUCACCAUCAUUCUGAUGAUUCAUUUAAAAUCAGUGGACAUUUAGACAAUUAUGUGUUUCCAAUUGAUUGAAAUUCAGGUAAUGCCAAUAAAACGAUGAGACAUUUAAUCAAUCACUAAAUGUUAAUUGUCUGUCGUUUAUUUCAUUGACAAUUUCACAAGUCAUCUUCAAAGUCGAGCAAUUUAAUGACAAAGAAAAGGGAGACCAAUUGAAAAUAGAAUAACAUUAAAUUAUGUUUAGUUGCUUUUUCGAAUUUUAAAUACAAUUAGACCUUCAACUUUACAAUUAACUGAAUAGUCAAUCAGAGAUAUUUAUAAUCAGAUUAAUCGGAUAAUCGAAAUCAGAGAAGUGGAAAAAAUGAACAUUAAAUCGAGGCUUAAUUGCUACGAAUCAGCUGAGUAAAGAUUAUGGAUUAUGAGUUAAUGUGGAGAAGGAAAAAAAGUUGAUAUGAGUUCAAUGACGUUUACAUGAUUAAUUGUUAACAAUUAGAAAUCCCAAUUCGAUUUUAAUUAAAGAAAUCUACUCUUCCUAUCAAGUUUCAUAAUCAUCUCCGGAUAUAAACACUGAAUCGCAUGAUGAUUAAGCAAAAUUCUGGUUUAUUCAAGUCAUUGGCAUUAACAACAAUUUACUUAUCAAAAAAACGAGUAAAUUAUUAAACUAGUUAAUUGUCAAUCAACAAUCAACGAAUAAUUUAAACGAGAAAAAGAGAGAUGAAAGAAAAGAUUAUCCUUAAUUGUGAUCAUUUACUUGAUUUAAAGUUCAAGAUGAUCUCAAGAUUAGCGAUCAACUUGUUUAUCUUUUCGUCUUGUUGGUGUUUCUUUCGGAUAACAGAUUAGAUUAGCUUGUCACGAUUAAAAUGGAUUAGUAUUGUUCCUCUCUCGCUCUCUCUAUGUUAUUAUGUCCAAGGCCAAAGGUGAAGCAACAACCUGAGCCACUUUUAGGGAGGUUCCAUUGGGUUUCCAUGA